AUGGCUCGCUUUGUCGAUCUGGACGAGGAGGACAGCCAGGCGCAGCCAAUGGCCGCCUGGCACGACGCCGGCAGGCCUCUCGCGUUGGGUGAAAACGGGGCCGCCGUCAUGGUGGUUGGCGAUGGGAUCCCUCCUGCACGCCGCUUUCCCAGCAGGAAGAGCACCAUGACGGAGAAGCUGCAGCAAGAAAAUGCUGGCCAAGGAGAGGAGUUGAUGGCUCACAGUGCCAUGGGAGAGGCGUUCCAGUGCUAUCCCAUCGUCGUUGGCAUUGUGUCCCACAUUGACCUCAACACUCUCGACGCAUUGGCCCGCUCGUGCCGUGGAAUUCACGAUGGCUUGAUCCAGUAUCGAGCGAGCCUCAUGGGCGCGACGCUGCGCUGCUCCAAGGAGGCUGUGCCGGUCGACCCAGAGCAGACGCUGCGAUACCGCGCGAGAGCGAGUGACUGGAAUUAUGGCAUGGAGGAUAGUCGCAACUACAAUGGGAAAGCGGGCAGUUGCGCUCGCGACCUAGUGACCGAGUGUAGAAGAUGCGCCGACAUCAUUUGCAGGAAUUGUGCUAUUAAGCCCCCUCUUUCGACUGCGCUGCGCGAGCGACAUCGUCGCCUGUGUGUGACUUGCGCCAAAGCUCCCAUUGCGGCGCUCGCAUCGCCAGCGCUGGAUAUAUCCUUGCCUCUCACCUCUGAGGCUGUACAACGUGCAGUCUGUCAGUGCGACACUGAGGGCGUCUGGCUGUGUCAGCCUUGUGGCCAUAGCAUCCGCAAUGCGGACCACGACUAUAAAGGUAUCUGGCGCUGGCGCACCAAGUACGGGGGCUUCACGGGCAUCGGAGACGGCGAUCGCGGCGUAAUCUGCGGCCGCGAAGAAGCCUGCCUCGCCGCUCGUGAAAAGGAGCAGGAAAUCGACUGCGAUGCCGAGGAUGCCCGGGGUAGCACCCUAGCUCCGUGGUCGACCGGGUCCUCGUCCGGCACCCCGAGCCCGGGCCCACAGCACGCCGGCACCCCCCCUGGCGGCGGUUCCGGGUUCCCGUUUCCCGCCAACGGCACCGUCGAAUCGAUCAUUGAGGAGAUGCGCCAUCAGCGGACGCCCUCGCCGCAGUUGGGGCCGGGCUACGAGAGACACGAGAUCGAGGGCAUUGGCGGCAUCGUCAAGCGCAAGCUCGUCCGCAUGGUGCGGGUGGGGGCCUGCGUGCCCGAAUGGGAAGACGAAAAGGGCAGCAACAAUAAGAUUCUGGCCCGCGAGGUGAAUGGUGCCGCACGAAGCUGGUGCGGCUGGUGUUGGAGAGUCAUUCCUGGGGAUAAAGACAAGCGGCAAUGUGCGAAAAGCUAA